AUGUAUCGUGGCAUGUUGACCAGGAUGUUCACCACGCCGUACAGCCUGCGCGAUUCGUGGUCGAUGAACGCAAUGCGCGUUGGUAAAACCAUCUAUAUCGAAGAUAACGUCACUGACGACAUGAUUGCUCAGCGCGACGGCUCCUCGGCAUGGCACCAGAAACUAAUGUACAGCGGCUACCGCUUCGAAACUCUGAGCACCAUCGACAAACCGCCCAGCCAGCUGCUGCCCAAAGAUCCGGCUCUGGAACAGCGAGCCAACAGAAUCGUCGAUACCCACGAAGAGUAUUGCUCUGUGUUCAAAAUCACACUUGGCAACAACUCUAUCAUCUCCGGUGCGGAAGUCGACUGCAUAGACCGCGAGAAGCCUGCAGAGUUCCCUAACCGCUACUACCGCGAACUCAAAACCAGCGGGCUUUUGGACUCGCCGCGCAAAAUCGAGACGUUUGAGCGAUUCAAGCUGCUCAAGUUCUGGGCACAGUCGUUCAUCGCCGGAAUCCCGACCGUCACCGUCGGGUUCAGGGGCGACGACGGCGUGCUACAGAGUGUCCAGGAUUUCAAGACUCUCGACAUUCCGCGGCUCGUGCGCAACAAGAAGCGCAUGUGGGAGGCCAGCGUGUGCAUGAACUUUGCUGAUCGCCUACUCAGCUCUAUCAAGCAGAAUGUGGUCAAGGACGGCCCCGAGACGCAGUACCGGAUUGCAUAUGACAGCAACAGCCAGGAGAUUUCAAUAACUCGUAUGGAAAAUAUGCCGUCGUUUCUGACAGCAGAGUACUAUUCAAAGAUCUCUCAGUAA